AAAACCCACCUGCGUACCAACUACCAAGUACAAUUCAGAGUCAAACGUCAUUGUUAAAUACGAACUCCCACAUUCACAUUCAAAGUACACACAAAAAACCCGGUUCAAACAAACAAAAAAACCGGGUUUUCUACCAAACUUGAGAGAAUCUGAGAGACUGCGUUUCUUUCCAACUCUUAAUUCAUUCUUUCACUCAAAGUUUUUUCGAUAUGGAGCAACCCGAGAACCCGGCGGAGCAGCCCAUACUAUCUGACCGGGUCAUCAUCAACGGGAGCGAGACGCCGUUAACUCUAACGGUGGAUGGGAAGCUGAGGAUGUGGGAGAGAGGUCAACGUUGCUUGACGGUGGAGAAAGAGGUGCUCGGUUUCGUAACGGAGGGCUCGAAGAUUAGAAUCAGAACCGUCGUCAAAGGCGGAGGAGCUGGAAUCUGCUGUGUCGCGAGCAAAGGAGCUUUGGUGAGGAAGGACUUCGUGUUUCAACCUUUGUCUAAUGACUCUCUUAACCUCUGGUCUCAAAAGCUCCGUCAAUACAUAGACUCGCUCGGUCGGCCUAAACGGCUAUUUGUUUUUGUGAACCCAUUUGGUGGAAAAAAAUCUGCAUCCAAGAUUUUUGUUGAUCAUGUGAAACCUCUUUUUGACGAUGCCGAUGUCCAUAUUACAUUGCACGAAACUCAAUAUCAGCUUCAUGCAAAAGAAGUAGCUAGUUCACUUGAUCUGUCCAAGUAUGAUGGCAUUGUUUGUGUUAGUGGGGAUGGAAUCUUGGUUGAGGUAAUAAAUGGACUGCUUGAAAGAGAGGAUUGGGAGGCUGCAAUAAAAAUGCCUAUUGGAGUAGUUCCUGCAGGGACAGGAAAUGGCAUGGUAAAGUCCCUUCUGGAUUCAGCUGGCUAUCCUUGUACAGCACCUAAUGCUGUUCUUACCAUUAUCCAAGGCCAUAAGCGCUCACUGGAUGUAGCUACAAUUUUGCAAAGAGAGACAAAAUUUUUUAGUAUAUUGAUGCUUGCAUGGGGUAUGCUUGAUUUUACUUGCACGGGUCUGGUUGCGGAUAUUGACAUUGAAUCUGAAAAGUAUAGGUGGAUGGGAAGUGCUCGCAUAGAUUUCUAUGGUCUUCAACGAAUUUUACAUUUGAGGCAAUACAAUGGAUGUGUUUCUUUUGUGCCUGCACCCGGCUUUGAAACUUAUGGAGAGCCAACUAGUUACCCCAACAAAUCUACUGGCAAGCCUGAUAGCUGCAGUCCAAGUGAAGAGGAGUCUAUUAAGGUUCGGCAUCAUGGUUACCAGGGACCUAAUAUUGACUUGGAGAAUUUAGAGUGGAGAACUAUCAGUGGGCCAUUUGUCUCAGUCUGGCUUCAUAACGUACCUUGGGGUAGUGAAGGCACAUUGGCAGCCCCAGAUGCCAAGUUCUCAGAUGGUUAUCUAGACUUGAUCAUUAUGAGGGAUUGCCCUCAGUUAGCUUUAAUGUCAUUGAUGACAGGAUUGAACGAUGGAAGUCAUGUCAAAUCACCACAUGUCACAUACCUCAAGGUGAAAGCAUUCGUCUUGGAACCUGGUCCCCAAACCAAGGAACCAACAAAGGAAGGGAUCAUAGAUUCAGAUGGUGAGGUCCUGGCUAGAGGGAAAGGAACUUACAAGUGUGACCAAAAGGCACCCAUGGCCUAUGAUAAACUUCAAAUAGCCGUGCAUCAAGGUUUAGCUACCUUGUUUUCUCCUUUCUAGAGAGUUGAUUCAAUUUCAUUUGAUGGUCCCUCAGAUAUUGAAAUUCCAUGGGUUUGUUCAUUUUAUUCUGCCUGUAUAGAGCCAGAAAGGGUAAAUAACUCAAUAAGGCAAAAGAAAAGUAGAAACGUUCUUUAACAAGUUGUUGCUGUCAAUUUAUUGCCUUUGGUGAGUAAAUUUACCCCCCCAAAAAAAAGGAUUACUAUCAAGGCAAUGUACAGUUCAUUUGCUGCUUCGAAAUUAUUUGCUAUAAA